UUGUUUCAGCUCUUCGGAAAAUGGAUUUUGGAGUGUAAUAAGUGGAAAGGACCGUGGAAAUCGAUGGAUACCGUUACCGUAUUGCAGUGUUUGCUGCAGAACGAUUCAGUUGCCGCCGAUUCCGAGCCUUCUUCAAAUCAGGGCGGCACGCUCCCGGUAUUCGCUUGCUCUCACGGAGGGUGUAAGAAAAAGUACCUGAACCCGGAGCACCUUAAAGCACAUGAACGUUUUCAUAAUGGGGUCACCGAAUCGACGAGCCAACCGACCACAAAGCCGCCAAUGGUUCAGGAUAGCAAACCACGGACAGGAAGCGGACUACAGUUUUUGCUAGAGAACGACUUCCUGGAUGUAAAGUACACCACCACCACCGAAAGCAAAGGAUCGAAAUCGGAACCGGAUGAAGAGGAGUCCGAGGAAGCCCUUGCAGAAGAGAUCGAAUUCGAAGAAAUUUUCCUUGAUGGAGAUCUACAGGAAGAGGAAGAUGAGCCGACAUUAGCAGAGGGAAAAGAUGCCAAAGAAGUCAAACAAAAAACCUAUUCCAGUCGCUCCCGGAAGUUUGCCUGCGAGUGGCCUGACUGCGCCAACACUUACACCAAAGCUUACCACCUAAAAGUCCACCAGCGGGUACAUACCGGCGAUUUGCAGUUCAUCUGCGAUUGGCCAGCAUGCAACAAACGGUUUGCUCGCGCAGAGGUGCUCAAUCGGCACCGUCUUUCGCACAACGCCUUGCGGAACCACGUUUGCCGGUGGUGCAGCUUGAGGUUUAACCGACGAGAUCACCUUGUGCAACAUGUUCGCGUUCGCCACCCGGAGGCACCGGCAACAUUUCUAGACUCAAAGCCUGAGGCCAAGAAAACUAAAACGGAAACGCAAUCUCUGAAACGGACAAAGAAUGAAUCAUCAAAUAAUACUGAGCGAGCGCGCAACUACCGAUGCUCUUUCGAAGGCUGUGAUAAAUCCUACAUUCGCUUGAAUCACCUGAAUGCACACCAGCUGUUGCAUGUUGGCGCGCAUCCUUACCGAUGUCCAUGGGAAGGCUGUGGGGAAACAUUUGCUCGAUCAUUUGAGCUGUCACGCCACCGCCGAAUGCACACCGGGGAACGGAAAUUCGUGUGCCAUAUCUGCCAGCAAGCGUUCAUGCGUAGCGAUCAUCUUUCGUGUCAUGUUAAGAGACACACCUUUGGAGCGCAUCCUGCAGAUAAACAGAAGAGCACAAACAGUGUGCCAUAGAACAUGCUCUCGUCUUAUUCAUACACCGUGAUCUCCUAAGAAAUAAGGCAAUACUCGACAUUAACGACACUAUGUUUUAAAUUCACUUUGGUGACCUCGUUUUCUUAGGAGGUCUCUAGCUGCGUUUUUGUUAAAGUAACUUUUUCAGGUAAAUGAGUCCAAGCUCUCAGGGUUUAUGCCCGUCCGAUUACCAUUCCAACGACGUCACUUCCGACAAUUGUUUCUUGGUGUAAGUCAUUGGGCACUGCCUCUCGACCAAACCAAAAAUGACCAAAAAACGGUUUCAAAAACGGCAGCCAUCGUAGUAUUUAAUGUUAACCCAGUUUUGAUAGGAAAUGCAAACAAAGAGAGAAUAUUGUUUGAAUAAAAGAGAGUCUG